AUGUGCGAUCGCGUCCCUGAGCCCUUCAACAGCAGGCGCGAGCUCCGGAUGCGCCGACCGGACGACUGGCACCACCACCUCCGCGACGGCCCCGACGUGCUGAGGGACACCGUCCGAGCAGCGGCGCGAGCCUUUUCCCGGGCCAUCAUCAUGCCGAACCUCGUCCCUCCGGUGACGACGGUGGCGGCGGCGGGCGAGUACCGCGAGCGGAUCGAGGCGGCGCUCGCAGCGAGCGGCGGCGCCCCCGGCAGCUUCACGCCCCUCAUGACGCUAUACCUCACCGACACGACCACGGUGGCAGCGGUCGAGGCGGCGGCGGCAAGCGGCUUCAUCAAGGCGUUCAAGCUGUACCCGGCCGGCGCGACGACCAACUCGGACUCGGGCGUGACCGACUACGCCAAGAUCGAGCCCGCCCUCCGCGCGAGAUUAGCCGAGAUUGCCCGAGAUCACGCGAGAUUACGCGCGAUGGCAGCGCACGGCCUCGUGCUCUGCGUCCAUGGCGAGGCGCGCCGGCAGAGCCCACGUCUGCCUCUCUUCUCACCGCUGCCCCCCUCCGCUCUCGCUUACUGCUGCCUCUCCUUCCUGGCUGGCUGCUGGCUGCUGGCUGCCUCUCCCCCCCUGCUCGGCCGCCCCUCUCGCCGCCUCGCUUGGCCGCCCACGCCUCCCGUCUGCCGCGAGACAGCUGCCCACGUCCCCACGUCCCCAUGUCCGCAUGUCCGUCGCCGCCCGACGCUCCGCACCGCACUCGCCCUCGCCCUCUGGCCCGCCGCCACUGGCGCCCGCAGGUGA